AUGGAUCAUGCUAUUGCAUUAUCCUUAUCAGAGGAAGAUCAAAGGAAGGGAAAGGCCAUUGGUACCGGGCAUCAUUUAGAUGAAGAUGAACAGCUUGCACGGGCUCUGCAAGAAAAUACUGGUCAUAACCUAGAUGAAGAUGAACAGCUUGCACGGGCUCUGCAAGAAAGUAUGAAUGAUGGACCUCCUCGUCGGAACAUUCCAAUUGAAGAUGUUCACCCAGAAAGUACUCCAGCAAGUAGCUUGCCCUCAAAUAUUUUCCCCACAAGUGGCUUGAGGGUUUGUGCUGGAUGCAAAAGUCCAAUUGGUCGUGGUCGGUUUCUCAGUUGUAUGGACUCUGUUUGGCACCCUGAGUGCUUCAGGUGUUAUGCUUGCGAUAGACCAAUAUCAGAGUAUGAGUUUGCUGUUCAUGAAAACCAUGCGUACCACAGGCCCUGCUACAAGGAGUGUUUCCAUCCUAAAUGUGAUGUUUGCAGUAGCUUUAUUCCCACAAAUAAAAAUGGCCUCAUUGAAUACCGGGCCCAUCCUUUCUGGAUGCAGAAGUAUUGCCCUUCCCAUGAAAACGAUGGUACACCUAGGUGCUGCAGUUGUGAACGAAUGGAGCCAAAGGACAGUCAAUACAUAACAUUAGAUGAUGGCCGGAGACUCUGCUUGGAGUGUCUGCAUACUGCUAUUAUGGAGACCAAUGAAUGCCAGCCUCUAUACAUUGAUAUUCAAGAAUUUUAUGAGGGUAUGAACAUGAAAGUAGAACAACAAGUUCCCUUGCUUUUGGUUGAGCGACAAGCUUUAAAUGAAGCCAUGGAAGCAGAGAAAUCUGUGCAUCACCUUCCUGAAACGAGAGGCCUCUGCCUAUCUGAGGAGCAGAUUGUCAGAACUAUAUUAAAAAGACCAAUAAUUGGACCAGGCAACAGAAUCAUAGAUAUGAUCACAGGACCAUACAAACUCAUUCGACGGUGUGAAGUGACUGCAAUUCUUAUACUGUACGGGCUGCCAAGGCUUCUAACUGGCUCGAUUCUGGCUCAUGAGAUGAUGCAUGCUUACCUCCGACUUAAAGGAUACCGAACCCUGAGUCCAGAGGUUGAAGAAGGCAUCUGUCAGGUUCUAGCUCAUCUUUGGCUUGAGUCAGAAAUCACAUCAGGUUCUGGUACCAUGGCAACCACCUCAGAUGCGUCGUCAUCAUCAUCUUCAACAUCUUCCUCAUCGAAAAAGGGUGCAAAGACGGAAUUCGAAAAAAGACUUGGCGAGUUCUUCAAGUACCAAAUUGAAACAGAUUCUUCUGUGGCUUAUGGAGAUGGGUUUCGAGCAGGCAUGCGAGCCGUUGAGCGGUACGGCUUGAGAAGCACCCUUGAUCAUAUCAAGAUGACGGGGUCUUUUCCAUACUGA